GAGGGAAAAGAGCAACACCAGCCCAGUGAACCAAGUCAGACAAUGAGAAAAUUUAACCCUUAUUUAGUCGACAUUUAAAAGAUCAUAUGGACCAAGCUGCUUCCAAGUGCCGCUUCCGUUCCACCUGUGUUAAGCUUUAUCUGUGCUCAAACCCUGCAGACAGCGUGGUGGAGCGCAGAGCUCUGAGGGAGCUUGUGUUCCCCAAACUACGAGAGCAUUGCAGGCACAACCUGGGAGUGGACUUCAGGGUGAUCGACCCACAUGAGUCCAUUCAUCGCAGCCACUGGCCAUGUGAAAAGACCAGAAAAGAGCUGAUAGAAGAAUGCAGAGAAAGCUCUGCUGGACCCUUUUUACUGGCUUUGAUUGGACAUGAGUAUGGCAAGGCCAGUCUUCCUGCCCAGGUGGAGGUGCCACAUUUUCACCUGCUGCUGCAACAGAUCCAACAAAUGGGCCUCAGCACCAGGGAGCUGGAGAGAGUCUACUCCAGAGACGAGAACACCGUUCCACCGACCUUCUGUUUGAGACGCCCGUGCGUUCCUCAGGAGGAGACUCACAUGGAGGAUUUGGUGAACGUGUUUGCAACUGCUGUGAGUCUGUGUGUGCGCAAGAAGCUUCUGACUGAAGGUGAAGGCCUUGCUUUUAGCAGAUCAGUCCUUGAUAGCGAUCUACGCUUUGCCCUGGACAACCGUCCUCGUGAUGAUGUCAUCAGACGCUGCCUUGUUUACGUUCACAAGAUCCCCAAUUUAAAGGUGGAACAAGAAGCUCGCGGGAUGGACUGCUUUGAGUUAAACGCACAUUCAAAGGAAGAGGACACUUUUCUUUACUUCAAUCGAGUAAAAGCAUCACCCAACUCAAAGAAUUUACUCUCAGAUCUGAUUGAGAACUUCUUGAGAAGCCUCAUCGACACAUACCAGCUUGAGGCUUACAUCACUACCACAGAGUGUGACCGUCGCCGUGGUUACACCACAGCUAAGAGGCGGGCGUAUGCAGAGUUACUCUGCUGUCAGGUGUAUUCCGACCUGGUGAGGUUGACUGACAGCAUUGCGGAGUCUGGAGGAUUUGGAAGCUGUGAGCUCAGCGAUGCAUUGGCAUGGGAGCAAGUGGAACAGGAGGAACUGUGUGGCAUCCUAUCGAGGUUUUACGUCAUCACGAGGCCGGAGAUGGAAGAGGUCAGAGCCUAUGUUCAGCAAAGUGAUCACCAACGUCCGCUUGUGCUGACAGGAGGUCCUUGUGCUGGGAAGACUGUCCUGCUGGCUCACUGUGCUCACCAGAUGAAAAUCUGGCUGCAUGACACCAAUCCUGCUGUGGUCACCUAUUUUACCAACUCGCCACACUUGGCUUCCCCCGAGCGCUUGCUGUCCAGCUUGUGUUAUCAAAUCUUCAAGAGUUAUGGCUACUUUUCGUCUUUCCAGGACAGCUGCUUCAACCUCAGUUAUGGCGAUUACCAAGGCGUCACCGAGCCUCGAGACAAUCGAUCUGACGUCACUCACCUUAAUCUGAGUGCUGCGUUUAGGGCCAUCAAAAAACCUGACAUCAAUCUUUCUGAAGCAUCAGAAUGUUUCUGUUCCCUUCUCUCCUUGCUUCCAUCUUAUAAAAAGCCUUUAGUCCUGAUCUUGGAUGGGGUCCACCAACAGGGGCAUAACUUUGCUCAGCAAAUCAUCAAAAGCCUGCCCUCACCUCUUCCUCCCGGAGUCAAAAUCAUCCUGGGCGUCUCCACUAACCAAACUCGACUGAUGCGGGUCAUCGAAAGACAUUACCCAGAGUGCAGUGCACCUACCUUUGCUUCAGACAGGUGUAAAAAAAAGGCAGGGUAUAUACAUGUUCUGUUGAGUGGUGUGGAGAGGAAGCAAUGUCUGAAGGUUCUGAUAUCACUUCUAAGCAACUCUGGGAGGAAAGUGACUUCUGGACAACUUGCACUGGUGAACCAGGCACUGACUUCAUGUUGUCUCGCCCUCUACGUCCGCCUACUACAUGCUCAUGCAUCACUUUGGUCUUCAGAUUCAGAAGUGUCAGAGUCGCAUCUUCCUGGCAGCGUCCAUUCAUCUAUUGCUGUCUUGCUGGAUCACUUGGAGAAUAAAUAUUCUUCCUCGAUGGUGGCUCGUGCCGUCUCUUACAUCACUCUCUCUCGAGUAGGACUCAGAGAGGCAGAACUUGUAGAUCUUUUGUCCAAAGCUGAUCCCGAUCAGAUCUCACAAGUAAAUGUGGAGAGACUGCUCCUUGACCUGAAUGGCUUUCUCAUCAGGAGGACGGUAAUAGGUUGUCAAGUUUUGUUCUGGGUGAGCAGACAUUUUGGACUUGUCAUGGAGAGAACCUAUUUCCACACAUGUGAAGCCAGGAGAGAAAUUCAUUCGGAGAUGGCCGAUUAUUUCAUGAACAGAUGGAAUGCAUGUUUUGAAAAGCCGAGCCUAAAUGAAGGCGGUGCGCAAACGAGGGAACCCGUCGAAAAGCAGCCGUCACUCAGAAACGCCGUUAAUGGGAGAGAAGCUGUGGAAUUGAUGCAUCACUUACAAGAAAGCAACAGUUUGGAGUUAAGAUGGAAGGUGUUGAUGUCAUGGAGGUUCCAUCAUGUUUUGGUGAAGGCCGGCCUCCUGACAGAUCUCGUGGACAUGUUGAGGCAGGAAGAGGGGUCUUGGGGCAAUCUAAGGGAGCGUACACUCCUGGCGAGCAUAUUGGCGUCUUCAUCCUGUUUGUUGCAAAUCUCCCCAUUGGAGCUUCCCACAUUGAUGGAGGUCAGCCUCCUCCCAUAUAUGGAGAUCUUUCCUGCUCUCAAAACUUAUGUUGGGGAGAUCAGAAGGGAGAUGAGUACAAGAGGCUGCCGAUUGACAGUUACGCUUUCUCCUUCUCCUGAUACUGUCGCCUCGCUUCGGCAUCUAAACUGCAACUGUGGAUCAAAACGGCUUGCUGUUACCGCUGCCGGGACACAGUGUGGGACGAUCGCAGAGGUCAUGUGCGAUGGCUCGGCGUGGAUAUGGAACGGCUCGAGCUUUAGUAUGGUGCGAUUAUCACUGAGCUCUGAGGAGGCGGAGCUUAAGUUUGCAGGCGUGAAAAGCAGCCAGCGAUUCAUGUUGUUUUCCACCCUGUGCAACAAAUUGUUUUUGUGGGAUGGUGGUGCUCCAGAUAUCCUUAUGGAGGUCAAAGCUUCACACACUCUGAACAUGUUAGAGGGCUUUGUGACAUUUGGAGGACAGCUAUGCGCGUGGUGGAAGAAGGCCACCCUUGUGGGACUGUUUGAUGCCUCCGACACAACUGUCAAAGAGUUUUGUUGUCCGAGCUGCGUGACCUGUGUGGUUUUCUCCUCCGAUGGCGCUCACGUAAUUUGCGGUCAAGAGGAAGGAACCGUGUCAAUAUUUGAUGUAGCCAACCACAGCCUCCUUAGCUCCUGUUCAGACUCAAACCACCGAGCAAUUGUGUCGAUAAUCCUCUGUGAGGACAAACUGGAAAUGGCUUGUGUUGAAAAGUCAGGAGAUGUGAAAUUAUGGAAUGUUUCCUCCAAAACGCAAACGCCAAGAUUGCUUAAAGAAGUUUCUAAUGGGAGUGACUUCAACAACGUGCUCAGUAUUGAUUACUCUGAUGAAUUUGACAGUUUAUUGAUUUGUCAUUGCAACCAGGUCACUGUGUGGGAUACGUGUGACUGGGACAAGUGUGACCAUUUCUUGGCUCCACGGGGUCAAACUUUUAUUCAGGCGAUAUUCUCCCAGGAUGGACACCAUCUCCUGGCAUUACUGGAGGCCUGUCCUCGGGUUUUGGUGUGGAGGCUUUGCACAGGACGGUGUGUUCUCUCCUUAGAGACCAACACACAGCCUCAUACACUCCUCAAAACCACCUCGGGUAUUGUUUGCGUCACUGACAAUGGCUGCCUUCUUGUGUGGGAUUCUGAAAUGGUUCAGGCUGCCAGUGAAGCUUCAAAAAUGGAAUGUGGGGUCAAAGACGUGGUGGUGGAGCAAACUGGAAGAUGGUUCUACACUGCAGAUGGGACAGAUACGGUGUGGAGUUGGAGCCUCGAGACAGGGCUUCCGCAUGCUAACUUCCUGCAUGGUAACCCUGUGAAAAUAAUUCGUCUUAGUCAGGAUAGCAUGACCCUUGUGACACUUUCAGGUGAAGAUAUUUACAUUUGGCAUACAGAAACGGGGAAGAAUAUCUUACGUAUAGGUGGGAGCAACGCUACGGAUGUUCUUAUCACGCCUAGUUGUAAUUUUGGCGUUAGCAUUUGUGAGCAAGGACCUUCUCAGGUUUGGAAAAUGGCACAUGGGAGUGUCGUAUGUGCUAUUCACGUGUACCUUUCUAGUGCACAGGUGUCACCCGAGAGCACCUUUCUCAUUGGCCUCCAUGACGGAGACCUGCUGGCUGCCAGUUUGUGGUCGGGCACUAUCAGCAAGACCUUCCCGAGAGUCGAAAGCUCUGAAGAUGUCGUUGCUUUCGGCACGCUUUCUCAGCAUGCCGAUUUUGUGGUCGUGGUCGUCGCCUCGGGGGCCAUUUACACCUGGAAGAUGUCUGAUGAGACGGUGUGCAGGCACUUUGAGCUACCGGGGACAUUUAAGUGUCAGCCACAAAACUUUCACAUGACGUCCAACGGGAGCUUUGCAUUAUUGUCAAUCGAUAAUGAUGCUAUCACCCUCCUGGAUGUGUCUCGGGUUAGACUGUGCUCUUUGAAAGCUGAGUGUUGUGUAAUGCAAGCUUGCUUAGAUGAAAUGGGAGAUUACGUUGCUUACAUAUCACAGCGUGCAAGCCAAAGUUGCACCUGUUCCCAACACACGCAUCCCAUCCUCACCGUGGUACAACUCUCGGAUGGAGAAAAAAUAGGCAGAGUGUUUUUGUGUAAGGAUCCGUUGACACUGCUCAUGCAUGGGCAGCAGUGUGUGUUUGUGGGUUUUCGGGAUGGGUCAGUAGGUGUGUAUUCUAUUUCAGGGUCCUUGAUUAGUGAAGAGAAUGCAUGCAGAUCGAGAAACAAAAUGGGGAGUCAGUUGAAAGGCUGCUGUUCCAGUGCGGGACCACUGAUGUUUUUUUCUCUAGAAACACCCAAUAUUACAUGGCCUUAGCUGCUACA